AUACUGAAAGCAUGAGAUUGUUCAUGACCAACUCAAAAAGUCUUAAAACCACGCGGACUAACGAUAAUUAUCUGCUACAGUAAAAAUUACAGAACAGGACGGAUAAAAGUCAUAAAACAGACAAACAUACCGAUAUCUAUGCAAUUUUAUUUCCGGUGGUGGGAUGAACGCUAACGGAAUGCAGACGAAUGUAUCGCAGAUUUGGAUUAUCGUUAUCAUCCACAAUUCUACAUAAAGAUUCCGUUCGACCCGGCUGAAUCCCACUGGGAGGCACACAUUCCAUCAUCGUUAGCCGCGGUCUGUGUCCGCAAAUCGAAGCGCCGGCGACGAAGUUAUCAGGAUUAUGGCAGGGCAGAUCAUCCAUUACAUUCUUCAGUUCCUUCUGUAUUUCAUCUUCGACACUUCUGCUUCCAUUAGCUUUCGAAAACGCUUCCAUUAUGAACUAGCAGGAGAUAGGAUUAACUUUCAAUAUCUGUCCACAGCAGCUGCUUACAGUUAGUGCUAACCGUAAGGAUCACACUUUAUAGUUGUGUUUAAUUUGCGAAAACAUUGGUUUAUUUACUUUCUUAAAUUCACAAUCUGUCGCUAGUCGCUAACAUAUUCUGUGUGCCAAGAUCAGUUGCAUCAGCAUGGCAUAAAUGAUAAAACCCGCUCCUCCAACCCUGUGCUACUCGUACUUCCGCUUACGAUUUUCAAAUCUUUAAAAAAUUCAUUUAUAGGGUCGUGUCUAUAAUAAUACCUGGUAAUUACUAAUUGGUACUUGGUAGUAAAUAUGCAAUCCUUUUUGUGAGUGAUGGUUAAAAGAAGUUUUGAGAAGAAAUUCUAUUCAAAAAUAUUGAUUUCUACUGCACUCUCCUGAUUUUGCGCAGGUGAUCCUGCACAGUAUCAUCAUUACUUGUGGGUUUUAGAUUUUCUUGUUCUCAUUAUUCUGUCCCUAUCGGGCUAUGGUUUAUGGGUUUAAACACCAAAGCCAGCGUAAAAUUAAAUGCAUUAAAAGUGGAUUGAUUGUAACCAUAAACUCAGUUUCUAAUGACUGCGUAAUCAUUUUGGCGCAAACAAGCCUUUUUUGCGUAUUACAUGAUGGCUGGGCGUUUGGCAUUAGUCGAUUAUGACAAUGAAGAGGACAGUUCAUCGGAAGUGGCGCAGGUCUCCGCAUUGAAGGCCUCCAAAAGACAGUCUGAAGACUGGGCCAAAGCAUCUCGCAUCACAACUAGCAAGGUAACAACCACUUCGCCACCACUGAAUAACCCUCGCGACAGGAGAUCUCCCGAUAGACGAAGCGAAACAAACCGUGCGUUUGACUGUGGCCCCUCUGACGGCGAUGAGCGUAGAAGAGAAAGGAAUUUGAAAACCCAUGACCAGGAGCGCGACCGUCGUUCACCGAGGCACUGCGACAGGAGUUCGGGAAGACGGGAAAGUGGCGGCUCUAGCUACGAUCGUCACGCCUAUAAAUCCAGGCACGACCAGAAAAGGUCGCGCAGCAGAUCUCCAGAGCGUAGCCAGUAUAGUGACAGAUACCGCGAUUACUCCAAAAAUCGUGACAACAGGCACAAUGGCUACAGGGAAAAAGAACGAAAUUCUCGCGGAUUUGAAGAAAAAAUGAAGCACAUGUAUCCCACAAAACAGCUAUCCCACGAGGAGCUAUCUAAACUGCCUGCCUAUAUUAAUCCAAAGAAUGUUAAUAUAUCCAAAGUUAUUGAGCAGCAAGAGAAACGUAAAUUGCUGUGGCAGGGCAGCAAGGCUAAAAAGGAAGAACCUGGUGUGGAUGGAAAAGCUGUAAUGUGGCAACAUGCAACAUUUUCUGGUGACAGCGAUGGUGCUGUUGCCACUAAAUUCCGAAAACUCAUGGGUUUGAAGACAGAAACUGGAGGAACUAGCGAAAGAUCCGGCGGUAACGCAGUUGCAGAUUCUGCUCCAUUACCAGAUGCAAUUCGAAACCAGGAAGAACUAAUGUUAAAUUUGGAUCGACAGUACGAAGUGGCCCGCCUAUCUGCUCAUACCCAACGCGGUAUUGGAUUGGGCUUCAAUUCACGAUGACUGUGUUUUGUAGAUUGAAGUUUACGGCGCUUCUUCAUAAUCUUCAGUUUGUCUCUAAUGCGGUGUUUGUUGUAAAAUACUGGCUGCGACUGCUUGUUUUGACCAUCUAGUAUUCUAAAAAUUGUUCAAAAAAUGGUUCUGAAAUGGCUCUAAAAAUGGUUUUGACCAUGUAGUAUUCUAAAAAUGCGGCUGUUUGUUUUGACCAUUUGGUGUUCUAAAAAUGGUUUCUAUUUUCUUUCCGGAUGGGCUUGUAGUAUCUUUUAAUUGCGUGGGCGCUGCGCGGCAUUUAAUACGGGUGCUACCCGAGUAGUAGGUCGACAAAACAUGCAUGUAUUAUUAUAGUUGAAACCUUUAU